UGGAAACAUUGCAAAUUGCAUUUUGCAAGUUGCAACACUACCGCUUGGUUACUUUGUGAUGUCGUCGUCGAGUAUCGAGUGUCGUCGUCUUUUAUAAAGUUUUAUCAAGAUAAUCCUGAACUCGUCUGGUAUACGUGAUUAACUUUCUAAAUAUCUUAUGUGUCGAAAAGUGACUUAUCGUGAAAUUUGUUUUGUGUUGGACUGUACAAGAGAUUUGUGAUAAGUUUCUAAUUUUAGUCUCCCCUAGAGGGCAACUUUGGAAAAAUGAUGACCGAAAAUAGAAUUAGUUCAAGUAAUCACGUCGGAAACAGUUUAAAUAAUCAGAAAGGAGAUGUCGAUAAAACGGUUGACGACAUUGGAUGGAAAUCAAAAUUAAAACUACCCCCUAAAGAUAGAAGAAUAAAAACUAGUGAUGUAACAGACACAAGAGGAAAUGAGUUUGAAGAGUUUUGCCUAAAGAGAGAAAUCCUUAUGGGUAUUUUCGAAAAGGGAUGGGAAAAGCCAUCCCCCAUUCAAGAGGCUUCAAUACCCAUUGCUCUCAGUGGUAAGGAUGUACUCGCAAGGGCCAAAAACGGAACCGGCAAAACGGGCGCAUAUUGUAUUCCAGUCUUAGAACAGGUUGAUCCAAAAAAAGAUUAUAUUCAAGCUUUAAUUGUGGUACCAACUCGAGAGCUAGCCUUACAGACAUCACAAAUCUGCAUCGAACUAGCAAAACACACAGAUAUACGUGUAAUGGUCACUACAGGAGGCACAAACCUGAGGGAUGAUAUUAUGCGUAUAUACCAAAAUGUCCAAGUAAUAAUUGCCACACCUGGGCGAAUGAUUGAUCUCAUGGAUAAGCAAGUAGCCAAAAUGGACCAGUGCAGGAUGCUGGUAUUAGAUGAGGCAGAUAAACUUCUUUCUCAAGACUUUAAGGGCAUGUUAGAUAUGGUUAUCUCAAGAUUACCAAAAGAACGCCAAAUCUUGCUAUUCUCAGCAACCUUUCCAUUAAGUGUGAAACAGUUUAUGGAGAAGCAUCUCCGAGAACCGUAUGAGAUUAAUCUUAUGGAAGAGUUGACACUAAAGGGAGUCACACAGUACUAUGCUUUCGUACAAGAGAGACAAAAAGUGCACUGUUUAAAUACCCUCUUUUCAAAGUUGCAAAUAAAUCAAUCCAUCAUAUUCUGCAAUUCCACCCAACGCGUAGAGUUACUUGCAAAGAAAAUCACAGAGCUGGGCUACUGCUGUUAUUACAUUCACGCGCGUAUGGCGCAAGCACACCGCAACCGCGUGUUCCACGACUUCCGCGCGGGUCUGUGCCGCAACCUGGUGUGCUCGGACCUGUUCACCAGGGGUAUCGACGUGCAGGCGGUGAACGUGGUCAUAAACUUCGACUUCCCGCGGAUGGCGGAGACGUACCUGCAUCGCAUUGGGCGCUCGGGCCGGUUCGGCCACCUCGGUAUCGCCAUCAACCUGAUCACGUACGAGGACCGAUUCGCCCUGCACCGCAUCGAGCAGGAGCUGGGCACGGAGAUCAAGCCGAUCCCGAAGGUCAUCGACCCGGCGCUGUACGUGGCGCGCACCCCCGGCGAGGACGACGACGGCGCGGACAAGUAACGCUCUGCCGCCCGCCGCCCGUCCCGCCGCUGAAACUGGACUUACCUACUGGUGUAUGGAAUUAGUUUAAACUGCAAAAACAAAAAACUUAUUUGUAAAAAGUGUAAUGAAUUUUAUUGUAACAAAAUGUGCGUGUAUAUAGUUUAUCGUGGAUUAAGACUCGAACCUGCUAGAGGGUUACUUUUUUAAAGUGUAUAUAAACAAACAUCAGGACUUGUGAAAGGCACCCAGACGCUCUUUGUCCAUAUUGGAUUCUGUGCGUGGUUUCCUAUGAUUGUUAAAAAGUUAAAUAUUUAUCUGAACACUAUUUGAGUGAAAGUCUAUCUAGAUUUGUAUGUGGAUUUUGAAUAAAUUGUGGUAGACUUUCAACCUUUAAAAUUUAGCCCUACCCAUAUAUAACACAUAUUUGAGCUAGCACCAGUUUUAUUUUAUGUUGUUAAAAUAUUUAAUGUAACUUUCCGUUAUAUGGGUAGGUUUCAGUCUAGCUCAAAUGUACAACUUUAAAAAUUAGUAUAUGUUUCUGAAACCAGUGUCAAAUGCGUUGUUCUUGACCGCUUGGAACAAUGUUAAUGAACAAGUCGUUAUUUUAUUUACAACCAGGUUAAAGCAGUGUUAAAUAUUUAAAAGAAAUUAUGAUCAAUUUUAUUUAUAUAGUGGUGUAAACAUUUUGUGUUGUCUUAACCUGGUACUGCUAUUUUGUGCUUCCUUUCCAUUGUUAAUAUUAUUAUUUAAAAGCGGUUAAAGUCACAGCUUUAAAAAAAAACAAUAAAAAAAGAACUCUGAUCCAUUCUUUCUUGAUCAAAAACAAUAUCUUGAGCUCGCCACUAGAAUUGGCCUAAUUCAUGAGCUUAAAAUUUGAGGCUGUGACUAGUAACAAGGCAAAGGAAUAGUAACAUGGUGGGACGGCUUGCGCCAUGCCUAUUCCUUUGUCUCAGGGAUUUGUAAACGGAGCAUUUGUGUUCAAAUCGUUUAAAAUAUGCUCUGGGGGUUCUAAAUUUCGGGAUGUCACGUGAAGAGUUGCACUAUUUGGUCAACAUGUCUUUAUUUCAACUCUUACAAUUUGUGUCGACAAUUUGCCACCGAAAAAUAAAACACUGCCUGUGUCAGUAUUCUCAUUUGUGGCCUGAAGUAUUGUUAAAAUGAUUUCAAUAUCUUUAUGCUUACAUCGUUGUUAAAAAAAUGAUUAGCAAAAUUUUCCGAAUCCUUAGUACUUAGAUAAAAACAUUAUUUUCGAAGUUUUUAAAACCAUUGUCGAAAGUUUUAAAAAAUCUCCAUAUCUGUGAUACAUUUCAUUAUAAGCCUGGUGAGCUUGUGAGAUUUUAGACCUUUGUUCAUUUCGUCUUCCUAUAGUAAAUUCUAGUUUAAAAGGCUUCCAAGCCUAUUCUGUUGUGAUUUGGUGAUACUAUUGUGGUACAAAAGAUAAAAAAAAUAUUAGUCUUCAAAAUUAAAAAAAGUAUACUGCUUAUCUCAUUCGUAAGCCAGGCGAGGACGAAAUUAGCAUAUCAAAGAUAUUUUUCUAUAGGUCACAGUUAAAUCAUGCUCUGAUAAAAUAUACACAUAUGCAUUGAGAUUAAAUCAGAAAUUGGUGCCUUCGGGUUUUUAUUGAGAUUGUUCAGUUUCUCCCAUAGUGUGUAAAAGUUAUGUUCAAAUGAAAAACAGACAGGUAAAAUCAGAAAAAUAAAUAUGUAUGUAUUUUAAAGCUAUGAUGUUGAAUUAUUUCGAUUAAUCCGUACGGUACCUUGCGACUGAUUUUUAUAUUGCGCGCAUUAUUUAUGUUAUUUUUCUAGUUUAAAAAAAAUAUAUUCUUGUUGAGAGUGGGCCAAAAAUAAACUCUUCACAUAAAA